AUGCACUCCGACAAGACAUCCUCCAGCGCAAUUGAGCUACACAUGGCUCCCCAAGACCCAACCCUCACCGUGCUCCUCGAGCACGCGAGCCGCAUAGAAAAGACCCUCGACGCCGUGCAAGAGUACGUCCAGAGCAAAUCAAGCCAGCGCCAAAGCCGUCGAGUCGUGUCGCGCUCUCGUCACUCCGGACGGACAGAACAUACCGAAGUGCCCCCCUGGCUCAAGGACGUGACGGCUCUCCUAAACACGGUGAGGGAUGAGGCCCGGUCGCUUCGCUCCGAGACGCAGGCUCUAGCGGCCCGGCAGCAGACGCCAAUGGCCGCGAGAUCAAAGUUUUCAUACCGACAUGUACGGCUUCGUCCCUCUCCAGAUCGCCGCCGUAGCAAAGCUGCGCGGGAUACGCGUUUGGCCUCAAGCGGCAGAGCUACACAGCGGCGCUUGGACUCGGCCCUGAAUGCCCUGAAUGCACCUGCUGCCGUUAGGGAUCUAGCUGUGAGGUCCUCUCGGCGCGCGACCGAAGUGACGGCCACUUCAGAUGUCGUGGCGACUUCGUCUGCCCAAGGUGAAGAGGCAUCCGCUGCCGAACCACCUACUGAAGACCGUUCAGAUGUCGUGGCAGCUUCGUCUGCCCAAGAUGAGGUGGAAUCCGCUGCCGAAACACCUACUGAAGACCGUUCAAAUGUCGUGGCGGCUUCGUCUACCCAAGAUGAGGAGCCAUCCGCUGCCGAAACACCCACCCAGGACCAGAAUGCAUCUAUGAUUGCUGCCCCCAAUGGCUCUACCUCGAGUUUCACACUUACCUCUGCUGAGAUGGGCGAAGGACUGAUACCUGCCCUCGAGAAAAUCAUUCCGCAUCCAGACUUCCACAACGAGAUAUUAGUCCCUCACAAUCCCAUUGACCCAACUACGUUUCGGGACAACCUGGAUGUUUGCGCCGAUGAUUGCCAAUACACCAAAAAUACCUUCCAGAGAGGCCCAAAAGGGCAGGGCUAUGGGUUUGUUUUCGCCCCUAUACCAACCGGAAAACCCGUUGCGUUGCCAGAGAACCUCGAGGCAGCUAAGACGCCAACCAUUGCGGAAGCAAGGCAGUAUCUCAACGACUACGUGGAAAAUCUACCCACCAAACCCGUCUUUUACUACAGUGGCCAUGCGGAUAGUGUUCCGAACAAGACUCCACUACAUCCAGGGCACGAAAUGUUGGCUAACAAGUGUCUGUCUGACUUGCAUCAUCCAUAUUACCAUGUUGGUGUAGACAGAUCUGCAAACCGAGUUCACUGGGAGGAUCUAAGCUCCAUAGACGGGGACGAUCUAUCGACACGCCACGGUCUCCGCUCUGCCAACGUGGUGCUCUAUGGGGUCAAGCUUUGGAUCUUGAUCGCAAUGAAUCACACAGCAAAAUUCGAGAAGUUUGUUUCCACCUACUGGAAUUGUAACACGUGCGGUCAUCGGGUCGGUCACCAAAGUCUCCUGAUCGCGCCCUGGAGGCUCGACAAAGAAGGCAUCGACUUUACCAUUCAUGUAGCCACCCCUGGGAAAAUGAUUGUCCCCGACUUAUGUCAAUACCACUAUGUCGUGAACAUGGGGUUCUGUAUUGCCCAGUCGAUUAAUUUCAAGUUGGCGGGAGACGGGCUGGUAUCGAGCACACAUGCUAGCUGUGACGACUGCGGUCUGAAGGAGCUUUCGAACAAUCGCGUCGCGCCGCCUAAAACAUCGCGAAAACGAAGAGCCCAAACACCGUUACCAGUUGUGAGGCCAAAGAAGAGAGUUCAGUCAGCCGAAGUGGCCGAAGUUCUUGAGGCUAUCAGGAAAGCGGAUUCUGGGUGUAUUGUGCCCCAGGUCGACAAAUCUGACCCUUGGCAUUCCGAUGUUGUGGUGAUGGCGGCGGCCAUUCAAAGCUCCCUGGCUAUUGCACAAUUUGUGUCGCUUGUUCGCGAAUGGAGAAGCUCACACGAUGAUGGACUCUCGUGCAGCAGCGACAAUUCCAAGACUAGUGUGGAAUAUCAGAUCAAAUGGUUGCAAGCCAGCGCAAAGAAUCUUGCACUGGGAAAGUUCGUCAUUCGAUUAUGCCAGAUGAGGCUCGCUCAAGAAGCCGAGAAGAUCAAGCAACGGACCGGCUUGAAACGGAUCGACUCCACUGAAAUGCAGGUGACCGCUGAGAAACACCACAUGGGGAAAAAGGAGCUCGGUCGGCAUCUUGAGGAAGGGCGAUGGUGGAUGAAGCUGUGUGGGCCGUACGAGGGUCUAUUGCCUUUUCUCUUGUUGACGCCCGACAACGAGGCCCCAUUUGACAUCAAGAAAAAGGAUUGGUAUCAUCUUGUAAGUGUUGACGCCAAGCUGCGGGCUUUCCACCGUUCUCUUGACGAAAAACACAUGGAGAACAUCAGUAAUGCUGGGCAAGUAUUCGAGGCAAUGAUGAGACUCGAAACAUCAAAGCGAUUUCAGUGGGAGGAGGACAAGAACUUCGAUAACAAGGCGAUGAAUCAGACCGAGUACCUUAGUGCUGUCAUCUAG